AUGCUGCCCUGCAUUAAGUGUGGACUCCACAUGAGACCUGCGGUGUGAGUCACAGUCUAGCCAGCGCUGACACACUGCAAGCAGCAUGACUGAGGAUCUAAGCCGUUAAUCCGCCCGGUUUCUUCAUCGUACGGAGCGUCUUAAAACAACGACGGUGUCCUCGGGUCACCGCUCGAUGAAGGAAGUUCAGCCGCUGCUCGUACGACGUAUGAAUUCAGCCUCCCUCCCGGUGUCCGAUUCUGCCCGUGAAGCAUCCAUCAGAAAGCCGUUUGGCCGGCUCUCUCCCGAAAAUAUGAACAGUUUGCCGGUUUUGCACCUAGAUGAUGACAUUGUGCACCGGGAGGAUGGUCCUCUGUGUGCAGCGGAAAUCGGCUUCGAACUCCAAAAACAGUUUGCCAUCCUGCCAGGGGGCCGCGGGACGAACGGCAACCCCAUCAUCGUCUUCCCAGAGUUCCCGGAAUUCAGCGAGCUGGAGGAAGACGAGGUUCAAAAUGUCCUCGGCUACCUCAGCAGCCUCCCCAGCGUUGCAGCAUCAGCAGUGGGUUUCAUCCUGGUCAUCGACAGACGACUGGACCGAUGGGCCGCCGUCAGGGCUACCCUGCUCCGCAUCGCUGGUUCAUUUCCAGGGAACUUACACUUGGUUCUGGUGUUGCGUCCCACCACUUUGCUCCAGCGGACUCUGUCAGACUUCCUGUUCAAGUACAACAAGGAUGAGUUCAAAAUGAAGGUGGUGAUGCUGAGUUCGGUGACUGAGCUCCAUGCCUAUAUCGACCCAGGACAACUGACCACAGAGCUGGGAGGAACGCAGGAGUACCGCCAUGACAGCUGGAUCUCACACCGCACUGCAAUCGAGGCGUUCGCCCUCAUGGUGAAGACCACGGCUCAGACCCUGCAGGCGUUUGGCACUGAGCUCGCAGAGACCGAAUUACCCAACGAUGCCGAGGCCACCACCAACCUGCUGCACACGCACACUCUGAAGAAGGACACGAUGAAGGAGGACCUGCAGGUGGCGCUGUCUCAGGGCGGCCGCCUGUUGGAGUGUAAAAACGAGCCUCUACAGACGGAGCCUGAAUACAGCAGGACCAACGACGAGCUGGAAAACUUGGAUACCGUACAGAGACUCCUGGGUCAGCUGGACGAAACGCAGAUGGCGUUUGACGAUUUCUGGGAGCGCCACCGCACCAAGCUGGAGCAGUGCCUGCAGCUGCGCCAUUUUGAGCAGCACUUCCGUGAAGUGCGCGCCCAGCUCGACGCGACAUCGGAGCGGCUGUCGGGUUUCUCUGAGGUCAGCGUAAGCCCCGCCCACGCUGAGCACGUCCUCCGGGAGCUCAGUGGACACGAGGACAAAGCCUGUGAGGCGCUGGACCGAGCCCUGUCCCUGGCCUGUGAAGGCGACCGGCUGAUAGAAAACUCCCACUACGCAGAGGACUCCAUCAGGCCCAAGUGCAGCGAGCUGAGAGGAGUGUGCGAGGAGAUCAGCGCCACCCUGAGGAGCAAGAAGAGCCUCCUGCUCAGGGCGAUGGAGCUCCACCACGCCCUGGAGAAGGCGUCGCGGUGGUGUGAGAAGGGCAUCUUCCUGUUGGCCAGUCAGCCAGUGGACCGCUGUCAGUCUCAGGAUGGAGCUGAAGCGGCUCUGCAAGAGCUGGAGCGAUACCUGGACACGGCGACGCUGCACACCGUCGCCGACCGCGGCGCCAUAUGCUGCCAGUACGAGGCGGUGCUCACAGCUCAGCUCAGGGACCAGGUGGAGGGAGUCUUCCUGAAGCAGAGCUCCGUCCAGGAGAUGUUUGAGAAGAGACGCGUCAGCCUGAAGAAACUCGCCGCCAAACAGACCCGACCGGUGCAGCCGGUGGCACCGAGACCUGAAGUGAAGUCUCCGCUCUCCUCUCCCAGUCAACAGAGGAAAGAGAGGAGAUCCUCUGCAGAUAAUGCCAUCUGCAAAAGGGUGGAGUCUCCCAUACACAACGGGGGCAUCAGACAUGCUUCUCUGUCAGAGGAGGAAGAAAACCUGGCAGUGCUUCGGCGCCACGUGAUGAAUGAGCUGCUGGAGACGGAGAGAGCCUACGUGGAGGAGCUCCUGUGUGUGCUGGAGGGCUACGCGGCCGAGAUGGACAACUCGGCCAUGGCCCACCUCAUCCCCAGCACCCUGCUGAACAAGAAGUUCGUCCUGUUCGGCAACAUGUCUGAAAUAUACCAGUUCCAUAAGAGGACGUUUCUUAAAGAACUGGAGGCGUACACCGACUGCCCAGAACUAGUGGGCCGUUGCUUUUUAGAGAGGAUGAAGGACCUGCAGAUCUACGAGGCGUACUGCCAGAAUAAACCUCGCUCCGAAAGCUUGUGGAGACAGUGCUCCGACUGUGCCUUCUUCCAGGAGUGCCAGAAGAAGCUGGAACAUAAGCUUGGUUUGGACUCCUACCUCCUGAAACCUGUGCAGAGAAUCACCAAGUACCAGCUGCUGCUGAAGGAGCUGCUGAAGUACAGCAAGGGGUGCGACGGCUGCGACGACCUACAGGAGGCGCUCUCCUCCAUCCUGGGGAUCUUGAAGGCCGUUAACGACUCCAUGCACCUCAUCGCCAUCACGGGAUACGAGGUCGGAGACGGUUGGGAUGACCCUGAAGCGGCCGUCGAGUUGCCUCGCGCCAGAGUGGACCCUCACAUAAUCUGUCCGCCGUCUCCCUCCUUCCAGGGCAACCUGUCGGAUCUGGGCCGCCUGCUGAUGCAGGGCUCCUUCAGCGUGUGGACGGAGCAUAAAAAGGGUCACGCCAAGGUCAAAGACCUGGCCCGGUUCAAGCCCAUGCAGAGGCACCUGUUCCUGCACGAGAAGGCGCUGCUCUUCUGCAAGAGGAGGGAGGAGAACGGGGAGGGCUACGAGAAAGCUCCGUCUUACAGCUUCAAGCACUCCCUCAGCAUGACCGCGGUGGGCAUUACAGAGAGCGCCAAAGGAGACAACAAGAAGUUUGAGGUCUGGUGUAACUCCAGAGACGAAGUCUUCAUCGCCCAGGCUCCGACGCCGGAGAUUAAAACGUCGUGGGUGAACGAGAUCCGCAAAGUUCUGACCCAGCAGCUCACAGCCUGCAGAGUUCCCGUUGCAGAAGCCAGUCAGCAGAAGGGCUCCGACUCGGUUUUCCCGAGUCCCACCAGCAACAGCAGCUCCGUCUCCCUCAGUCCCUUUCGUGGCAGUGGUCCCAAAAACCAGAAGAAGCAAGAGGAGAAGAAGGCGGAGACCAGCUCGGUGUCCGACUCUUCUUCGUCCCCGAGACACAAAGAUGAACCGGUGACCAGUCCGACCACUGACAGGUCUUCAGUGGCUAAAAAGCGUUUUACUUUGCAGGGCUUCAGCAAUCUGAAGAGUCCGAAAGGCUCGGCCCUGAGCCCCGAGCACGGCGCCAAAUGCCACUCGGUCAAGAGUGACCCCAUGCCGUUUGGGUUCAAAGGCUGGAACAAGGCGUCUCUCUCGGUGGACGCCUCGGAGGAGAACGAUGGCUACUCCAGCGGCGAGGACCCCAUGAACUCUGACCCCGAGGACGAAGUAGCAAGGAAGCUGGCUCCGGGAACGUACACGGUGGUAGCGGACUGCGAGAAGGCGGGACCUCAGGAGCUGUCCGUCACGAGCGGAGACAUGGUGCAGCUCAUCAGAGAAGGAGAGGAGGGACAGUGGUUUGUGAAGAACCUGCGCAGCGGUAAGGAGGGCUGGGUGGCCGCCGCCAACCUCCUCACCCUCCUCUCCGAGUCCAAGUCAUCCCAGUCGCUCAGCAGCUCAGGUAUUCUUCCUCUUCCCCUCCAUACACAUGUUCCCUCGACACUUCCAUCGUGUUCCUCCAACGCCGCCGUUGUUUGUGCCCACAGACGGCAGCGUCUCGGGGAACCUCAGCACUUCUUCCAGCUGCAGCGAGACCUACACCAGCUUCUCCGACAUCAAACCCUGACCCGCCCGCGGUCGGCGUCCUCGACGCCACCCCUCGGCCACGAUCAUGUUCCGCGUGUGAAAAUCACACGCAGAAAAACACGCGGCUGACGGGAGGACGGAUCGACGUGAUGCCGUCCAUGUCCAACGAAAACAAUCUAAACUAUCUGCUACCAGAGUUUUAUCUGACGGCCUACUACUCCCCCCUCCCUCUCCCCCUUUCUGAUUAUUUAGACCCACCCGUCAGUCUAAUGUCCACCCGGCAGUAUUAACCUUCACUUUAGAUUAUUUUAACCUUCAAGGUGAUCAACAUGGCCUUGUUUAAGCAUCACAGUAUCUGUGGCGUACAGGGGAGAGCUAAAGGAUCCUUCUUAUCAUGUAGCAUUGAAGUGGACGCAUUUGAAGAACAUCUGCACUGAAGCCGAAUCCCCCCUCGAGUCGACGGCGUCACGGCGGGCCGACAGAUUCUUGUGUGAGACGUCCACAGGUCCAGAUACGAUCAGACUGGUAUUUCACAUGCCGCUUCAGUGUCAGACAUUAAUCGGACACUGUGAAAAGUGGCAGCUGGCUGCAACAAGAGGAGGAGAAGAAAAAGGCUUCCAGGUGUAUCUCGGAGCAUCUCUGAGCAGGUCCGAUCUUCAGGGUGCAGUCACUUCAGAUAAGAGCAUCUCUGAGCAGGUCCGAUCUUCAGGGCGCAGUCACUUCAGAUAAGAGCUUCCCAGCUGGUUUUAUUGCAUCAUCUUAUUAUAAACAUCACUCUGUGAAUGACCCCCACAGCACCACCUGGUGGUCAGAUGUCAUGCACUUCUCAAGCCUCAUAUAGAGCAACUUUUGGACGUCUUUAUUUGUGUGUGUCACCAGUGAUUGUAUAACCCGCCUCUGAUCUGCUCUGGAUUGACCUCUCAGGAAGCCCGAGACGUUGCGCCGGCAGGCAGGUGUGACUGCAUACCUGCGUGUGUCGACUACACGUCUGCGCAUGCGCGUGUUCUUGCACACUUGCGUGUUGCUUCAGAACAAAUCCCCACUAUUAGAUGUCGGCUAGAGGGCCCCCAUCCUGACAUGUUAAUGUCUAAUGAGUGAAGUGACAUCCCCCACGUGGACGGAAACGGGUUAAAACUCAAUACUCUGCCCAUGAAUCCAGUGCUUGUGUCAUGACCGCGGCGCUCACCUAUCUUUGGAUUGCACUGCGGCAACAGAAGCCGGCUGUGUCCCCUCCCCUCUGCUCCCAGCCCCACUCAGGCAUGUGACAGUAGCUACUUCUCUGCAAGCAGCGCUAACUGGGGCCAAGACCUUUUCUCAACAUGUCCGCACACACCCGCCCCACAGUGAUGUUUGCUUGCUUCACCGCGAUGUUGCCGAGUUAUCAAAUAACACGGUGCAAAUCAGAAAUAAUUGCAAAAGUAUGUCAGGGGGUGGUGAGUAAACGCAGUUGGCUGUAGUGGAAACGAGGGUGUUGAUGGCCAACAGCAUGUGCUAUUCUGAUCCCUGAAUGACACUUUUAUCACACCUUGUUUUUCACGGGCAAACAUGUGUUGUUUUUUAAUAACCUACGAUUUCUACUGUAUCCACAAGCCGCCCUGGAGAAGCGAUCUGUUCUUUUUUUUUCUCCAUCUUUGUGUGUUGAAACAGAAAACACUGCAGCGUGGUGUUGAAUCCCACCCCUCCCCUGUGGCUUGUAUUUGUCCACCACCGGUUAUCACCACUGUGGGUUUGUUACACCCGGCCCCGACUAUGAUUAGUGCUCGUGAUGAGUUUUUUUCGAGCUCUUUUUGUCGAAAGACACCUUUCUUACUCUAAUCACAACACGCAUGUCCUCCUUUUAAUGAAAGGGAGGAUUCUUCUCCAGAAAAUAAAAGACGCGUACGUUUCAAACUGAGCUUUCAAACCACGAGGCUGGCAUUAUGCGUCGACCUGUGUGAGACUGAGAAAAUGUAUGUAACACUUGUACAGAUGUGUCCUCUAUACCUCACAUUGUUUUCCUCGAGAGCAUGUGCAUUGUGAAGAGGAUGAUGGUUCGUGUGAGUCUCUUUGUCUCUCUGUAGCGUCUCUUUGUGGCAUGUUCCUGAUGGACCUCUCUUGUCAAAGCCCUGAACAAGGCAAGUAUUUUUACUAGGCACUGUUGUAUGUCCUGAGAGUUUAUUUUCUGCCCUCCUGGGAGCUGACACGGGCACUAAACUUCGUCAGUGCUCUAUCACGAUCACACAAUAAAGCUUCUCGAACGGUUUGUACUUUUUGACUUGGAGGCUGGAUAGACGAGAAGGGUUAUAUUUUUUUGUUUCUUUGUAUGCAGCACAUUGCAGCAACCACUGUCUUUAUUUUCCUAUUGUAUCUACUGAGUAUGGUGUUGAUAUAAAUAUAUUAUAAUGAGACAUAUCUGUGUAUAUUUGUAAAUAUGUAAUUCUGAAUUGUAUGUAAAAUGAAAAGCAGCUUUAAUAAAGUCUGAGAUGGUUUCCUCUAAGGGAAUUUGCCUUUUUAUAAUGGGAA